AUGGCAACAGCCUCAGCAACACUUUCUCCAGCAACACUUGCUGCUGCCACAGUUAGCAGUCCUAAGAGGAAGCAAACCAAUGUACAUUACAUAACAGGACUGAAUUCUUUUGGUGGGCUAAAAGCUCACAACAGUGUGAGUUCAUUAGGCCUGUCAGUAUGCACUGAGCAGUCCUUCGCAAAGGUGGUCAGCUCAUUGAGAGCUCCGUCAAAAGGUAAAGGGAGAAGUGGGGGUGCGCUUUCUUCAACCUGCAGUGAUGUUGGUGAGAUAUUUAGGAUAGCGGCAAUCAUGAAUGGGCUUGUUCUUGUUGGAGUUGCAGUGGGAUUUGUUCUUCUUCGAGUCGAAGCUUUUGUGGAGGAGACUGAAUGA